AUGAAUAGAUAUUCCCAUUGAUAAUUUAGUCUUCAAGAGCGCUUUUCCCGGUUGACUUGUUAAAAAUAAAAGCCGAGAGUUGUGAUGGAUGGAUUGAGAAUACUAUAAACAUUACGCAUAGGUCGUGGGAUUUCAAACAAAAGGGCACAAUAUAUCAAAGGAAACGCGUCGCUGGCUUACGUCGUGCCUCAGACACCGUGUGAUGUUAUUACAUACAGUUAAUAAGUUACAUUUUGUUGAAGAAAGUUCAGUACGAAACGACACUGUUUUAUGAGGAGAAAAGGCGACUGAUUAAUUACAAAAAUGUCGUGUUUGCUGUGUUGUCGUGGCAAGAAAUCGAGAGCGGAGGCGUAUGAAAGAAACGAUGCAGCGACAUCAAGACCAGGCCCAUCCAGCCAGAAGCCCCAAUCCAUGAAAGAUUUCAGAAAAGAUGCGUUGGAAGCUCACAACGAGUUUCGAGGCAAACAUGGUGCACCAGCAAUGAAAUGGUCUUCCAAGCUGGAAACAAAAGCGCAACAGUGGGCGGAAGAAAUCGCAAAGAAGGGCUACUUGCAGCAUGCUAGCCAAAAAGAAGAUGGUGAAAAUAUAGCGUGCAUGAAGGGUCAAGAGCUGACCGGUCGAAAAGCAACAGAGAUGUGGUACGAUGAAAUAAAAGACUACAACUUUAGCAAGCCGGGUUUUAGUUCAGGAACCGGACAUUUCACUCAAGUUGUCUGGGUGGAUUCAAUUGAACUAGGCGUGGGGAAAGCAACUGCUCCAAAUGGAAUGCAAUUUGUUGUUGCACGAUAUUAUCCUCCUGGAAAUAUCCUUGGACGUUUCCCGGAUAAUGUCAAGGGAUCGGGUUCAAAACCAGUUAAAAGAAGUGAAAAUGCCAAGCCUGCCAGCGCGGCCGGCUCAUCAGCUGGAGGAAAAGCUCAAAGUGGGAAGUCAUUCCGCGACGAUAUUCUUAAGGCGCAUAAUUACUGUAGAAAAGAGCACAGUUCGCCUGCAGUGAAGUGGUCUGGCAAGUUGGCUGCGGAGGCCCAGAAAGCUGCUGACGAAGCUGCAAAAACAAAUACUCUAAAACCGGUUUCCCUUAACAACGUUGGACAGAAUAUGGCAGCGAUGAGUGGUGGGGAGUUGACUGGGCAAAGGGUGACGGAAAUGUGGUACGAGGAAGAGAAGAAUUAUAAUUAUUCUAGCCCUGGAUUCAGCUCAAGCACAGGGAGUUUCACCCAGAUGAUCUGGGGAGAGUCUACUGCUCUUGGUGCAGGUAAAGCUGUAGGUAAGAACGGACAGCAGUUCGUUGUUGCGCUUUACGAGCCCCCUGGUAACGUGAGAGGACAAUACGAAAAGAAUGUAAAGGCACCAUCUGGAGGGGGUAAGAGAAGUAAAGGUUCUGGCGACAAAGAUUGCGUUAUUAUGUAACCUUUGAAGACGACUUGCGAAUAGAGUUUAUCGGGGAUAUUAAAAUGAAAUGAUGUAUUGACUUAGCAAGUUUUAUGCCAAAGUAGGAGUUGGUUCGUUAAGAAAAAGAGGUAAUUGCUGUCCUGGUUCAUAAAAUAUGAAUUGUACGAUUUUGUCUUGGAUUGUGAUACUGUAAAAUAAAUUUCCAAUACGCGAAAUGCAGUAGACUAGGAGUGUUAAGUCACCCAUUUGAUAGACCUUGGACUUUUCAUUGAUGACUAGAAGCUUAAGCUUGUUUCCAAUUUAGGGUUUUAACUCUAGUAUUUCUCCAUUUUAAAAAUUUUGGUAAAUUGGCUUUUAACAUCAAAUGACGGCUAGCUAUAGAGUUCUAAAGUGAUGACGUCACAAAAAUAUAUUUUUAGAAUUGUUUAAUUUGGAUUUUCGACAUAUUUGGCCAAUUUUGCGUAUUUGAAAAUAUUUCAUGGUGAUCUUUUACGCUAUGUGUUUAAAAUUCAAAAAUUCUAAAAAUAGAAUUUUGAUGACGUCACACUUUAGAACUCUAUUGCGAAAAAUGGAUUGUAUUAAGCUUGCGUCGGUAUUCGUUUAUGGUCAUUUGCCAAACUCGGGCUUCAUAAGAUCCUUUCUCAAUUAGGUUCUUACCAAUAAUAGACCAAUAAUACAUGAAGAAUCAAUUAAGGUCUACGAAAAGUCUAUUUCAACUAUUUGAAGUGCUUGUGUGUAGGGUUUCCUAGGCCUUUUAAAAAGAGAAAACGAAAAUAACAGCACUGUCAUGAUGCAAUCCAUGUGUUUAGAUAUUUGGAAGUUCCAUUGCAAGUUACCUACGAAGUUAUCGCAAACCUUCACCAAAAUUUCCUGCUUCCAAAUAAACCAACUAAGCUCAAGAAAAUUUCAAGCCACUAGUUUUCGAUGCAAACCGUUUUAGCGUUCACUUAAUUAUUUUGUCUGCAACUAAACAUAAUUAUUUACACCAUAUUUUGUUGUAGCUUACACGCCAUAUAUCAGUUUUUGUCCUAACGAAACGCUGUAGAAAUUUCUAAAAUUUCCCUAACGUAGUUGAAUGUAUACUAGUGUUGCCUGCCAAGGGUGAUUGAAUAUUAGAUUUUUUAGCUGAUGUUUGAAGUGUUGUUAGAUUGUUUUUGAUAGAUGUAAUAAUUUGUUGAUGAUAUGAAACCUUAAAUUCUGCUUCA